CUCAUCUACAGAUCUUGAGCUGUUUAUAGUGGAUGGUUAACAUGCCUUAGAGUACGGGAGCUUUUAAACUGCUAGUAUGACCUGGCAAUUUUGUGGUAUGAACUGAAAUCUCAAAGGUGCAGGAUGGCUGUGGUGCGUGGGCCAAAUCAAGGCAGUGGGGCCCAAGCCCGCGAGCAGGGAGAGAGCCAAUAUUUCACCUUUGCUGGAGCGGACAGAGCCAAUUCAAAGCAGCAGAACUGAGGCAAGGCAAGGCAGAGUUGAGGCGCUGGCAGGCCCGGACCCGAGAGCAAGGGACAAGCUGAUGUCUGACCAAUUUAAGUACCAGGCCAGACUGGAAAUGUUGGGUACAAAUUGAAUCAAGACAGCAAGUCGUGGACCUGAGGGAGUAUCUGAGUGGCAGGGCCCAGUUCCUGAUCCAAAAAACAGUAAGAUGAUGAUGAAUAGAGCACAGGGCUUUUGUUUAUUGGCAUCUGUCAGGACUGUUUGUCUAGGAGUGAAACAUUGAACCUCCUUGUUUGAGGAGCCUUCAAUUCGUCUCAGCUGUUUGUCCUGCAUUCUCCUUCUGAGACUGGGUGUGAAGAAAUCCAAGCGUGAAUACAAGGGAUGACCCAGGAACAGCAUAGCUGGAUUGACAUCUCUAAACGGCAAACAUGGCGCAGACAAACCCAGCAGGACUUUUCAAGAUUACUGUUUAUGAUCAAGAAAACUUCCAGGGCAAAAGGAUGGAAUUUACCACAUCCUGCAAGAACAUCAUGGAGUGUGGAUUCGACAAUAUUCGGUCUGUCAAAGUCAACUGUGGAGCGUGGGUUGGUUAUGAACAUUCUAGCUUCUUUGGGCAACAAUUUGUCCUGGAGAAAGGGGAAUAUCCACGGUGGGAUGCCUGGAGUGGCAGCAACGCCUACCACAUUGAGAGGCUGACAUCCUUCCGCCCCAUUUGCUCUGCUCACCACAAAGAGUCCAAAAUUAUCAUCUUCGAGAAGGAAAACUUCAUUGGCAAACAGUGGGAGAUGUGCGAUGAUUACCCCUCUUUGCAAGCCAUGGGCUGGGGCAACAAUGAAGUUGGAUCCAUGAAAGUUCAAGCUGGCGCAUGGGUGUGCUACCAGUAUCCAGGAUACCGUGGCUUCCAGUACAUUAUGGAAUGUGAUCGCCAUGCCGGAGAGUACAAACACUGGAGGGAAUGGGGAUCCCACGCGCAGACCUGUCAGAUCCAGUCACUCCGCCGCAUUCAAGAGUAA